AUGUCGUUUAAAGAUAAAGUGGUUGGUGAAAUCCCUGGUGCUUUCACACAAGCCUUCAACUUUGGUAAUCUAAUGGAAGACGAUGCUGAUUCUGAUGAAGAGGUCGAAGGACUGAGGGCAGGUUUGGUGGCAGUGAAAUUCUCUAAAGAACUUAAACAGAAGAUCCGUAGCCCUUGGUAUAAAGCACUCAUUGUCAAGGUUUAUGGGAGGUCCGUUGGGUUAAGUUUCCUACAAAAUAGACUAUUAUCUAUGUGGAGGCCGACUGGUAGAUUAGAUUGUGUGGAUUUAAGUCAUGGAUUCUUCCUUACAAGAUUUUCUUUGAGAGAGGAUUAUGAAGCUAUAUUGAAAAGGGGACCUUGGUUUAUUGGAGACCAUUUUUUGUCCAUAAGACCUUGGGAACCUGAUUUCGCUCCGGCGACUGCAAAUGUGGCGUCAGUGGCAGUAUGGAUAAGGUUGAACGAACUCCCGAUAGAGGAUUACCAUGCGGAGGCUUUACUUCAUAUAGGUAAAGCGAUUGGAAACGUGUUGAGGGUUGACACGCACAUGGCCUUUGAGUCUAGAGGUAGAUUUGCUCGGAUAUGCGUUCAGGUCGAUGUCGAGAAGCCGCUUGUUACGGCCAUACUGAUAGGGAAAUGUGAGCAGUCGGUGUGCUAUGAAGGUAUCCAUAAGUUAUGCUUCGAGUGUGGAAGAAUAGGACAUCGUAAGGAAUUAUGUCCGCAUGUCAUUCGCCAGCCAUCACCGCCGUGUAAGGAGGCUAUCCAACCAGACGGUGUGACUGAGGUACAAGCAUGCAGCUUGCAUGAACCUGGAAACGCCAAACAAAGUGUGGGUCCCAGCUUGAGCGCGCAUGGUAGUGCGCAAGAGGAUGUACCUGAGAGUACAUAUGGUCCGUGGAUAAUGGUAGUGCGCAAGAAACAAGGGACAAAACAGUUGAGGGAUGAUGGGACCACAGUGAAGUUGGCGCAUGGACAGCCAAGAAUAGGGAAUGAAACACGGUCCUAUUUGCCGUUGGGAUCAGAAAAUUUGAAUGCUGGGCCGAGCAGGGAUAUCAAGAGGAAUCUCUCACCCCAGAGAGUUAUUGAUGGGCUUCAAGUGGCCAAGGCAGUCCAACGUUUGGCUAAGGAGGGGCUGAAGCCAGAAAAGGAUGGUAAUGAAGCAGGCCCAAGUGUGCUGCAUGUUGAGAAGAGCUCGGCUAGGCCUGGGAAGGGGAAAAAGUCACUUAAGCCCAAUGAAAAGCCCAACACUUUUAAUCCUUUAGCUUCAGUUAAGGGCAAGAAGAGUGUUGCCCGAAACAGAGCAGUUCACUCUAUCAGUGCUAGCGCCGUCAAGGGAGAGAGUAGAACCGGUUCUUCUUUGCCUCUAAACGCACAAGGAGUUAGCUUGAUUGAUGAAGAGAAUGGUUGUGGCAGAAAAUUCUCGGGCACUCAGUUUCAAUUUCAGUCUUCAAUCGGGUCAGAAGAUCUUAUGGGUUAUCAAUUUGGAGGUGGGUCCGGCAACGAUCAAGGCGCACGCAUCUCAGACCAUGGGCGGAGUCAACAAGAAAGCGAAGGCAGUUUGGAAGCUCAUCCUCAGGCCUACGGUGAUGAGUGCGACGGAGGGCAACUCAUCUCUCCUAGAACCGGUAUGGGCGGCAGUGAGGAAUCAUUGGUGGGCUUCCAUGGUGGAACGGUUGAAGGCGGAAGGGAUGUGUAG